AUGUCAAAAAUAUUGAGUGAAAAUGGCACAUCUGAUUCAGAAGCUUCGAGUUCGUCUGAAGAGUCUUCCCCUGAGGAUUAUGAAGUAGAAGAGGAUUCCAUAGCAUCAGAUGAUGAUUCAGGGUCUGGAAGCACUGGUGAAGCCUCUCAACCAAGCUCUUCUAAGUCAACCUAUCCACCCGAAGCCGCAACAGCAACCUUGACAGAAUUCCACCCCUUUAAUCGAUUUCCUCCGGAGCUGCAGACGAUGAUCUUCAAGUUUGCAUUGCCUGUUUCUGACCCACUUCUCUUGAAGUUUGAGAUCGACGUUGAGGAGCUUCCUGCUAUAAUUCGUCAGAAUAAGAAAACAGGAAAGAUUCACCACUCGCAUAAAGAUUUCACGAUCACAACCUUUGCCUCUUGUGCUAAAUCUCCUCCCUUAUUGUCACUUUUACUAGCAUGUAAAGCUUCUAAUAAGGCUGUAUCAAGCGGCGGAUAUGAAAGAAUUGCGGUCUCCUUUCCAGACAAUAACAAUCGACAGAACAACUAUGUUAUGGAGCAGAAGCCUCACCUGAAACAUCGAAUAUCUUACAUUACCGCCUCCGCAGCGCAAUCAUACUGGCUACGACCUGAAAAGGAUACGUUGGUGGUUUAUGCAGAAGAUUUCGUGAUGCUGUAUCAACAUGGCGGCUCCAUGAACCUUUCUAAUAUUACACAUCUGGCGGUACACAACUUGUCAGGAAGAAAUCGGCGUGAUGAAAUUAAAGUUAGAGCUCGAAAUCUUUGGAAAUGGGUCUUCCUUAUUGCAGAAAAGCACUGCUCAGCGUUGAAGAAACUCAGUCUCCUUCUCGGUAUCGACUUUGCAGAAAAUUACGAUGAUGAUGAAUGGGCCGCUGAAAUCGAUACACAUCACAUCAUCGUUGAUGUUGAUGAAAAGUUCUACCAACUUGAUUUUCACGAUGAAUCAGAUGAUGCAUAUGAUCGCUCCGUGGAAGAUGGUGAACGAUUUGAAAUCGAAGAGCUGUUUGUAAAUGAAAAGAAUGCUGUUGAGCUAAAGGAUACAUCGACUGUACUAGCAGAGUAUCUGGAUGAACAUAUGGACGACGAGCACAAAGCUAAUUAUUGGAAGAAUGUCGAUGUCAUCCCUGGCUUUCUAGCUAGGCCCGAUCACAUGGAAAAUGUAACGAAGAUUAUGGGUGUGGGCGCGUGGGUACCCCAGGAUGCCAACGGAAAGCUAGUUUACAGGGCUUAG